AUGGACGGCCUGAAAACUGCAGCUUGCAAAGUUGUGGAGGACCUCAUAGCAGCAGCCAAUGAAAUGGUUGGCAUGGAUGCUCCCCUGGAUACUGAGAUCUUAUCAUCGUCUGGACGAACUGAACCAGAGUCUUUAGCCCUGACUGUGCCUGACUUCACCAUGGGAGCUGAGGUCCUGGUCCCAGGCAUGAUGACCUGUUCCCUGAAGCACCUGCUGGAGAAACCCGGAGAGAUGGUCCAGCAGUCUCUGGCUAAGCUAACCAUACAAUUCAGUAACCUUGGCCUUGUCUCUGUUGUGGGAAAGAAGGCUGUGGCAGCCACAUGUGAAAUGUAUAAUCUUGUCAUGAGAGUGGUUUCCAUCUUCCUAUCCCAUUGUGGCAACUGCUCCUGGCACAUCUUGUCCUCAGUUACAGUUAUAAUUGCACGGGACAAAAUGGCCGCUGUGCUUCGGUGCUUCACAGAAACAACCAAGACCUUCAACCAACUGGGCUUCAACAGCACCUUCUUCCAGUUGAAGCCUGUGGUCCAGGCGGUGGUGACCUAUCUGGGAAAGAUUUACCAAAGCAAAAUGGCUGCUGCCUUCAAGUGCCAGCUACCCCUGGCUGAUGAUUAUUCCUCUGAGCUUCGUGAGGAGGAAGAGUUUUGUGGGAAGAUCGAGGCACCCAUCAUUGUUGAGGAGGUCCCCAGUGAGCUCCUGGGGAAGGUGGUGGACUCAGAGCAGAAAACAAUUCUGUCUGACCUCUCUUACUGUCACAGGCCUAUCCUGGCCAAACAGCUGAAAGAAGAGCUUGCUGCAGCUGAAUACAUCAUUUAUUAUGAUGUUCCUGAUGAACUCCUGGAGAAGACAGAGAAGAGCUCUGGUGAAGGCUGA